CCUAGGUCGUUGGGUGACCUUGGGACCUUCGUUUUUCGCGGAUUAAUGCUUGCAAUUGUAAGUCGCCCUUGUUUCACGUGGGUAGUGUGAUAUUUUUCGAUAUCGUACUAACUUGCUUCGUUUUUCAGUCAAACAAUAUUUCUCUGGAGUCAAACAUGAGCAGUGCUACUGUUAGUAGCGUUAAGCACCCGGACGGUCGGCCACGGCAGGCGGAUGCUGUCUCUGUGGUCGUUCACAGCCUCAUGUGCUACAGACAGAAUGGCGAAUCUAAAGAAUUUGCCAUGCGUGCCAUCGAAAGUCUUGUUAAAAAAAUAAAGGAAAAAAGGGAGUCUCUCGAUUCGUUGCUAACGGCCGUGAGCUCCAACGGUAUGCAACCCAGCGGUUGCGUUACCAUCCAACGGACACUUGAUGGCCGUAUGCAGAUUGCGGGUCGAAAGUGUCUCCCACACGUUAUAUACGCAAGAAUCUGGAGGUGGCCUGACCUCCACCGCAACGAGUUAAAGCAUUGCAAAUUUUGUCCUUUCGGUUUUGACUUGAAGCAGGAUUGUGUUUGCAUCAAUCCGUAUCACUAUGAGAGAAUUGUUUCACCCGUGGAUUUUAGUGCUCUAAGUUUGAGCCCACCGGAUGAUCAAGAAAGUCCAAAAUUGGCUGUUCCGAUCAGGUACUUGGAUUUUUCCGAAUUGUCAUCUGACGGAAGUUAUGCAGUCAAUGAUGGAGGUCAGGCUGAAUUGUUCGCGAUUAUUUCUGUUAAAUAA